GAAAAAAGAAAAUACAAAAGAAAAUGGCAGAAAUUAGAUGAUCUCUAUUUUCUAGGUCCACAGAGCCCAAAGCCAUAGCCAGAGAAGCAAUUUCGGCUUCUUUUGGGGUUUGAAAAUUGGGUUUCCAGUUUUGGAGGCUAGGUUUUUCUGGGGGAACGACUACGACGGCAAUGGCGGAGCAGAGGAACAACAAAAACAGGUGGAACUGGGAGGUCAGUGGCUUCGAGCCAAGGAAGUUGUCUUCUUCGUCGUCGUCGGCUGCGGAUGCAGCGGCGUCCAGCUUCGACCAUCACGACGAUUACAAGCCCGGUGCGCCGCUAGUUAGGCGAUACUCGAUCUCGGCUGCGUCGGCUUUGGCUCAGUCUGAGCUCGCCAACUCCAACUCCAACAACCAGGCUGUGGCUUCCAAGCUCCAGAAGCUCAAGGAUAAAGUUAAGCUUGCUAAAGAAGAUUACUUGGAGUUGAGACAAGAAGCAAGUGAGUUGCACGAAUACUCGAAUGCGAAACUCGAACGAGCUACACGUUAUCUUGGCGUUCUUGCGAACAAAACCCGAAAACUAGAUCAGUUUGCUCUUGAAACCGAGGCCAGAAUUUCUCCGCUCAUCAAUGAGAAGAGAAGGUUGUUCAAUGACUUAUUGACAGCCAAAGGAAACAUAAAGGUAUUUUGUCGUACAAGACCGUUAUUUGAGGAUGAAGGUUCCUCAAUUGUGGAGUAUCCUGAUGAUUACAAUAUCCGUGUCAAUACUGGUGAUGGUGCCCUGUCCAACCCCAAGAAGGAUUUUGAACUUGACAGAGUUUAUGGACCUCAUGUUGGACAGGCUGAACUUUUCCAUGAUGUUCAACCACUGGUACAAUCAGCAUUGGAUGGAUAUAAUGUUUCCAUAUUUGCAUAUGGACAAACCAACUCAGGAAAGACACACACUAUGGAAGGAUCUAGCCAUGAUCGUGGUUUAUAUGCUCGGUCUUUCGAGGAACUAUUUGAUUUAUCCAACUCUGAUUCCACUUCUACUUCAAGAUUUAAAUUCUCCGUUACAGUUUCUGAGCUCUACAACGAACAGAUGAGGGAUUUACUCCCAGAAUCAGGAGAUGCUCUACCAAAGAUUCGAAUGGGAUCACCAGAAUCCUUUGUAGAACUUGUGCAGGAAAAAGUUGACAACCCACUGGACUUCUCUAAAGUAUUAAAAUCUGCAUUUCAGAGCCGAGGAAAUAAUCCAUCAAAGUUCAAUGUUUCUCAUUUGAUCGUCACGAUACAUAUAUAUUAUAACAAUUUGAUCACUGGAGAAAACACCUACAGCAAGCUUUCUCUAGUUGACUUGGCUGGAAGUGAAGGAUUAAUUGCCGAAGAUGAUAGCAGUGAGCGCGUUACAGACUUGCUGCAUGUCAUGAAGUCACUUUCUGCGUUGGGAGAUGUGUUGUCUUCUUUGACUUCAAAAAAGGAUGCUAUACCUUAUGAAAAUUCAAUGCUUACCAAAGUACUUGCAGACUCACUAGGUGGAAGUUCAAAAACUCUGAUGAUUGUUAACGUCGUUCCAAAUGCUUCGAAUUUGUCGGAGACAUUAUCAUCUCUCAAUUUCUCUUCUAGAGCUCGAAAUGCUGUUCUAAGCCUUGGGAAUCGAGAUACGAUAAAGAAAUGGAGAGAUAUUGCAAAUGAUGCACGUAAGGAGUUAUAUGAAAAGGAAAAAGAAAGUCAAGAUCUGAAACAAGAGGUUUUGGGACUUAAACAAGCACUCAAGGAUUCAAAUGAUCAGUGUGUUCUGCUCUUCAAUGAAGUGCAGAAGGCAUGGAAAGUAUCGGAUAUGUUACAGUCAGAUUUAAAGGCAGAGAAUAUGAUGCUUGCAGAUAAGCAGAAGAUAGAAAAGGAGCAAAAUGCACAGCUUAGGAAUCAAGUAGCUCAGCUGUUACAGUUGGAGCAAGACCAGAGAGUGCAGCUUGAACAACGAGAUUCUACAAUUCAGGCCUUGCAGGCCAAAAUUAAAAGCAUCGAGUCCAAACUCAGUGAAACCCUCCAUUCCACUGAAGAUCGGUCACCAUUAGUCUCUGAUCCAGGGUCUGGAAUUCUAUCAAAUUCCAAGGCAAUGGGGGACGGCAUGGAUUCUCCUCCAGUAACUAAGAAAUUGGAAGAAGAGCUUAAAAAACGUGACGCAUUAAUAGAGAGGUUGCAUGAAGAAAAUGAAAAGUUAUUUGAUAGAUUGACAGAGAAAACAUCUUUGGCUGGCUCACCAAAGUUGUCAAGUCCAUCAUCCAAAGGGCCGCUAAAUUUUCAGUCUCGGGACCUUGUGAGGAAUGAUAGUAGAGGACACUCGAUGGAUGUUGUUCCUUCAUCACUGGCAGCUGCUGCAGAUAGGACCGAGGGUACUGUUGCUUUGGUGAAAACAGGUGUGGAGAAAGUCAAAACAACGCCGGCAGGAGAAUAUCUUACAUCUGCCUUGAAUGACUUUGAUCCUGAACAGCAUGACAGCCUUGCUGCCAUUUCGGAUGGAGCAAAUAAGCUUUUGAUGCUGGUUCUGGCUGCAGUAAUUAAAGCAGGGGCUUCUAGGGAGCAUGAAAUACUUGCUGAAAUAAGAGAUGCUGUUUUCUCUUUUAUUCGUAAAAUGGAACCACAGAGGGUAAUGGACACCAUGCUUGUAUCCCGUGUUAGAAUUUUGUAUAUUAGAUCGUUGCUUGCUAGAUCACCAGAGCUGCAGUCCAUCAAGGUUUCUCCGGUUGAAAGUUUUCUAGAGAAGGUUAAUACUGGACGUAGUAGAAGUUCCAGCCGGGGUAACAGCCCUGGAAGAUCUCCUGUGCGCUAUGUUGAUGAGCAUAUCCAAGUUAAAGUGAACCUUAAGCCAGAAAAGAAGUCAAAGUUUUCAUCAGUUGUAUCAAAGAUACGAGGACUUGAUCAGGAUACUCCAAGGCAGCAGGUAACUGCUGGAAAGCUUAAGGAAAUAAAUGAAGAAGCAAAAAGUUUUGCAGUUGCAAACAAAGCUCUUGCAGCUCUGUUUGUGCAUACACCAGCUGGUGAGCUCCAGCGCCAACUUAGAUCCUGGCUUGCAGAAAAUUUUGACUUUCUCUCUGUUACUGGAGAGGAUGCAUCAGGAGGGACAACUGGUCAGUUGGAGCUCCUUUCAACUGCAAUCAUGGAUGGUUGGAUGGCUGGACUUGGUGCUGCAGUGCCUCCUAAUACAGAUGCUCUUGGCCAACUUCUAUCCGAGUAUUCAAAGCGGGUCUACAGUUCUCAAUUGCAGCACUUGAAGGAUAUUGCUGGUACAUUGGCAUCAGAAGGGGCAGAAGAUACUGCACAGGUUGCAAAACUGCGAUCAGCUCUCGAGUCUGUUGAUCACAAAAGGAGAAAGAUUUUGCAACAAAUAAGAAGUGAUGUAGCCUUGUUGACAUUGGAAGAUGGUGGUCCACCUAUUCAAAAUCCUUCCACUGCUGGUGAAGAUGCACGAUUAGCAUCUCUCAUUUCCCUCGAUGGCAUAUUGAAACAAGUCAAGGAUUUAAUAGGACAAUCGUCUGUAAGCACCUUAAGCAAGAACAAAAAGAAACUAAUGCUUGCAUCUCUAGACGAACUUGCUGAACGGAUGCCUUCUCUUCUGGACAUUGAUCAUCCUUGUGCACAAAGACAAAUUGCUGAUGCUCGUCAUCUAAUCCAGUCUAUUCCUGAAGAAGAUGAUCUUCAAGAGCAAUCUCAUGCUCGCAAACCAUCUACAGAUUUCGUGGGGGUUAAUACUGAAACCGAUGUGGCGCAGUGGAAUGUCCUGCAGUUCAAUACAGGCUCCACGACCCCAUUUAUCAUCAAGUGUGGAGCAAACUCAAGUUCAGAACUGGUCAUUAAAGCAGAUGCCAAGAUUCAAGAACCUAAAGGUGGUGAGGUUGUCAGGGUCGUCCCAAGACCAUCUGUUCUGGAAAGUAUGAGCUUGGAGGAGAUGAAACAUGUAUUCUCCCAACUCCCUGAGGCUCUAAGCUUGCUUGCCUUGGCAAGGACUGCCGAUGGAACACGAGCUCGGUAUUCUAGGCUGUACAGGACUUUAGCCAUGAAAGUUCCGUCUCUGAGGGAUUUAGUCGGCGAACUUGAAAAGGGGGGAGUCCUAAAAGAUGUGAGGUCAUGAAAUGUAGAAAUCUGUUGGGACCUCCAUCGUUUGUGUUGUUUCGGAUGUAUGUAUGAAACAAAUACUAUCAUUCUGAGGUGUCAAAACAAUUCGUAUUGUGAUUUGUAAUCUGUUGAUUCGUGUUGUGGUGUGUAUACAGGCAUGUCAGUGAUUGGCUCACUAACAUAUUACCGACUCUCUAUUUCUUCA